AUGUGUCAGCAUAAUUAUCAAUUUUUUCGUAUUAUUAUUGGAUGUAUCGGCAUAAUCACGUUAUUUUCACAUUUUAUUGCAGCAACAUUAUGGAUUGCUUAUAUUUUAGGCUGGCGAAUAAUUCGAAAAUUGAAAUAUAUACAACAAACAAGAAGAAUGAAUCAUUGUAAUCCAACUGCAUCGUGUUCAACUACGCUAACAACAACAACAACAACUACCAUACCAUAUAGGAAUAAUGUCAACUUACAACAAUAUCAAACAAACUCUGAAAAAUUUUGUAAGCCUAAUUUCACAUGGCCUAUAUGUUCACUGAGAAUGUCAACUCAAAUUAUUAUAUUAUCAAUGCAAUUGAUUGAUAUGUUAGGUUGUGUAGAUUUAACUAGAUUGAUAUAUCUUUCAACUACUGGUAAUGAUUUACGUUUAUUAACUGUUGACUGGCUAUGUCGAUUACAAAUAUUUUUAUCAUUUAUCAGUUGUGAUAUUUCUGGUUGGCUUUUUGUAUGUUUAUGCAUUGAACGUUGUUAUAUUACAUUGUAUCCAAAAAAAUAUUACAGUAUGAAUCAUGCCUCGAUUGGACCAACUUUAGUGAUGAUAUUAUUUGUUUAUUUAUUAUGUAUUUCAGCGAAUUUAUUUCUACUCAUUUCAAAUAAGCCAGUUUGUUCUGGAACAUUCCGAAGUGAUUCAGUGAAUGUUGUCAAAGUGUCCAUUACUUUAAUCAUUCCUGUCAUGAUUGUUACAAUAUCUACCAUAGUUAUGAUUAUUGUUUUAAUAAAAUGGAAAUUAAAAAAUACCAAAUUAGGAAUGAGAACAAUAUCUUAUCGAAAUAAUCCAACAACAACAACAACAAUGAACAAAAAAUUCCCUAGUUCACCGAUUAAAACAACAGGCUUAUCACUUACACAUACAACAACAACAACAACAACAACAACUGCAUCAACAAAUCAUCAACAAUCACAAAAAACUAUUCAACAUUCAUUGCAUAGAAAACAACCAACUGUAGUAAGAUUGAUUGUUUAUAAUAUGUCAGCUAGGAUAACUGUAGCUAAAAUGAUGUUAGUUUGUGCUGUUCUCUACCUUUUUCCUUUAUUAUCUUUAUUUGUAUUCGGUUCCAUCUUCAGUGAUUAUUGUUGUUUUCUUGUAGCGAGAAAAAAUUGUCAAUGGAAUGAUAAUAUUUUUAAUUUAAUGUCUAUACUCUUUUGGUCGACACAAUCAAUCACUAGUUAUGUUCUUAUGUUAGGCGCUGUCACUAUCAGGCAUGAUGUUCAAAUUAUGAUGUGGUGUAUAUGGUAUAGUAUUUUUAAGCGAAAUUAG